ACUAUUUUCUCAUCGUUAAAGCACGGCUCCAACUGUAGUAGCACCAAUUAGCCGUAUCUAAGAGUCCUGAACAUGAUCUUGGUUCGCUCUUCGUCUUAAGCCUUAAAUUUACCUAGAAAUGACUUUAUGGAAACUUUUUUUGGUCGUAUUCAUAGGAGGAACUAUUAUCAAUGUAGAAGGUUCCUUAAAGUGCUUUUGUAAUUCAGUUGAUUGCACCCAAGAUAAUUCUAUUUCAUGCCAAGCUGGUUAUGCAUGUUAUGCGGAGAUUCUCAACUCCACAGCGAAAUAUGGAUGUAUACAACGAAAAGGGUACACAAGCUUGUGUGUGAGGCAAGGAUCUCCGCCCAAACAGGAUGCUGAUAAACAAUACCUACUGCUAUGUUGCUUUAAAGAUUAUUGUAACAUGCCGAAGAAUUAUAAAGACAAACAUUUCAAUGUAAAAUCAACGCCAACUAAAUAUUCCGUUAAAUCACUAAAAAGAGAUAACGAAAGAAUAUUCAUUAUCCCCAAAGAGUUCGCCCCUUUGAGCAGUCUUUCUGCGAAAGUGCUCUCAGUAAUCGCUGCUGGGGGUCUGUUCACUUUGAUCUUGGUUAUCGCAUGCGCAGUGCACUUGCUUUGCUUCGAGAAGCGAAAUGGUAAAAGGGUUCAAAGUGUUGUGCUUAAAGGAAGUUAUAAAGACGUGUCCCAUUCAAGUACAAGUCCUGUGUGAGCAUGAUUAAAAAGUAGAGUGCAGAGGAAUGCCCGGAAUACAUUAAAGCAUAGACGAAAAACGAUAAAAGAAUAGACGAUAUUAUUAUCCAGGCCCUGUUAAGGGUAUAUUCCGACAAGCGACAUGGCCUUAGUUCGUGGCUCUCUCGUGUCGCCGCGACGAACCACAGACUGCAGCUCUCAUGAAUAACCGAAUGCAAGGCCCCUGUUAGGGGUUAAUUCUGACAAGCGACACAAGGACGUUCCGAAAUGGUGACAUAGGCAGUUAUAAGAUUCAGACGGAAGAUUUGGUUACCCCCUGAUAGAGCUUCGCUAUCAUAUCAUCGACACGUGAAAUGAAAAAAAAUGGGGGGGGGGGGGGACU